GAGGACUGAGGUCCGGAGGAACAGGUACAAGGUGGCGGUGGAUGCGGAAGAAGGUCGGAGGAGAAGGGAGGACAACAUGGUGGAGAUCCGGAAGAACAAGAGAGAGGAGAGCUUGCUCAAGAAGCGUCGCGAAGGCCUUCUUGCUCAGCAAAACCAGCAACAGCAACUUCUCUCCGCCACAUCUGCGUCCGAUAAGAAGUUAGAAAGUCUUCCGGCUAUGGUUGCGGGUGUUUGGUCCGAUGAUGGUAACGCACAGCUUGAGGCAACUACUCAAUUCCGGAAGCUGCUGUCAAUAGAACGCAGUCCGCCUAUUAAUGAAGUUGUACAAUCUGGUGUUGUUCCUCGCUUUGUCGAGUUCCUUGCAAGGGAUGAUUUUCCACAGCUUCAGUUUGAGGCUGCCUGGGCCCUUACAAAUAUUGCAUCGGGGACAUCUGAAAACACUAGGGUUGUCAUUGAUCAUGGAGCUGUCCCCAUUUUUGUUAAACUUCUAGGUUCUCCAACUGAUGAUGUGCGUGAACAGGCCGUGUGGGCACUAGGAAAUGUUGCUGGAGACUCUCCUAAAUGUCGUGAUCUAGUACUUAGCCAUGGGGCCUUGCAACCGUUGCUGGCACAAUUCAAUGAGCAUGCCAAGCUCUCAUUGUUGAGAAAUGCAACCUGGACUUUGUCAAACUUCUGCAGGGGCAAGCCACAGCCUGCAUUUGAGCUGACAAAGCCAGCUCUACCAACCCUUGAGCGUCUCAUUCAUUCAAAUGAUGAAGAAGUCCUUACAGAUGCAUGCUGGGCGCUCUCAUAUCUGUCAGAUGGUACUAAUGAAAAAAUUCAAGCUGUCAUCGAAGCAGGUGUUUGUCCUCGACUUGUAGAGCUCUUGCUUCAUCCAUCCCCAACAGUGCUGAUUCCUGCUCUUCGCACGGUUGGUAAUAUUGUCACUGGGGAUGAUAUGCAGACUCAGUGUAUAAUAAACCAUCAAGCUCUUCCAUUCCUUUUGCAUCUGCUGAUAAGUAAUUUUAAGAAGAGCAUCAAGAAGGAAGCUUGUUGGACUAUCUCGAAUAUCACUGCUGGAAAUGUAGAUCAGAUACAGGCUGUAAUUGAGUCUGGUAUCAUUGACCCCCUUGUCAAUCUACUUCAAAAUGCUGAGUUUGAGAUCAAGAAAGAGGCUGCUUGGGCAAUUUCAAAUGCCACAUCUGGUGGCACCCAUGAACAGAUAAAGUUCUUGGUGAGCCGGGGCUGCAUUAAGCCAUUAUGUGAUCUUCUAAAUUGUCCUGACCCAAGGAUUGUCAGUGUCUGCCUGGAAGGGCUUGAAAACAUCCUGAAGGUUGGUGAAGCUGAGAAAAAUCUAGGUAAUACUGUAGACAACAUUUACGCGCAGUUAAUUGAUGAUGCUGAGGGUUUAGAGAAGAUUGAAAACCUUCAGAGUCAUGACAACAAUGAAAUCUAUGAGAAGGCAGUGAAGAUCCUUGAGACAUAUUGGGUGGAGGAAGAUGUGGAAGAUGAACCGUUACCACCUGCUGAUGCUUCACAACAAACUGGAUUCCACUUUGGAGGCAAUGAACUUCCUGUUCCUUCUGGUGGAUUCAACUUCAGUUGAAGCCUGAAGGAACAUUUGGGUAGCAGUGGAAGAGUCGAAAUUUAUUGUCCCAAUUUAUACAGUCAAAAAGAUGCAGCAGUAUGGUUGCUCGCUUGGAAGUUCUUCAAUAAAAGCAAGGGGUGUAUGGUACAGUGAACCCAAUUCAAUGGUGUAAAACAAUUUGCAGAUCUUGGAAGCGGAACAUAUACUUUUCUGCAUUUCUUAUUCUUUUCAUUCAUCGUCCUAGUUCCUAAAAUGCUAGAGGUCAAGCACGCAGCUGAAUACAAUUCGUUCUUUUCCUUUAUAGAUCAAAUCCCAA